UGUUGUUGGGAAAGUUAGGAAUUUACUGUGGAAUCCUUCUUGGUUGAAACGGUUUGUAGGGGUUCAAUUCGAAAUUGGAGUUGACAUUGGUGUGAUCCAUGGAAUGUCCUGACCACUAUUCUGUGGAUUGGCCUGUAUGACCCUCGCAGUUAAGCUUCGUAAGGGAUCAUUUUUCAGCUUUCUUGAUGUCUUACGUAUUAAGUCAGACAUGGUAACGGUGCAUCUUGAAGAGAGGAUAUCAAUGUCAUGUUUGGCUUAGUGUUUUUGCAGGUUGUAUUAAGAAAUCUUCAAGUUUGAGUGAUAUUUUCUUGAGUUAUAGGUUACACGGUUUUGAAUUAUCUAGAAUGUCGUAAGAAGAGAUUUGGCCGGAUGAAUGUUAUUUCCAUCCUUCAGAAAUGUGCAAGCAAGGAAUCGAGACACCUCAAUAAGCUAAGAAAAAGGGCUAAAACACAAAAUCUCAUAGAGGCAUUUUGUUGGGUUCAUUCCUGGUGUCACUACUAUUUGCCACCUCUAAUUAGGCCAAGUCGGGAAAAUGGCCAUUAUAUUGAGAAAUGUAUAUAGUGUUAUCUGUGAGAAACAAGAGGCUAUGGUGGGAACCUCCCAUCUAACUAAAAGCCUUAUCAUUGGAGUUGAGUCUUGCCGACCAAGCUAGAUAAAAGAUCAGAGGAAAAAGAACAGAAUUGGUCACCUGCUCCACGAAGAAUGGGACACUCAUAAAAAAGACCAACACCAAGGGCUUGUCACCUGCUCCACCAAGAAAAGGUACUCAUGUUUUAGAUGAUGAACCCGAGAAAGAACCUCCACGAAAGUGUCAUUCAUAGCAUCGGGAUUCAAGAUUCUUCUUCUAUGUGAUAGCAGCAGCUGUUUGUUCAUUGAGAAAUGAGAUCAUGAACUACGUUUUUUUGGUGCCUCGCCAGCUUGCAAAAUUGAAUGUUCCAUCUAAUGCCAGAUCAAGAGAUAUUCGGUCACGUCUCUCGUAUCCAAAUAAAUACGGGGUGGAGAUCAAUGAACAGAAGUGGGAGAUGAUAUGCUUGUAUUGUGUCCAUCUGUUUAAUUUUCUUGUGUGAGAUGAGAUGUUCAUUAGAAUUUGUAGUUCAUACCAUAAGUCUGAUGGCGAGUGCGGUUUAAAUAAUAGUUUUCUGGUCGAUGCCUACCGAUCAAGAACCCAAAAUGCUGCUCUUUCACGAAUCCCGGUCGGCACCUCAAGUUUUUACCAGGUAGAUUUGGUGACUCUAUGCCAGCGGUGAGCCGGGCCCCACUUCAAGGGAUGAGUAUAGAUAGAGCGGGCAUUUCUUUGUGAGGUUGGAAUGUCUCCGUCCUCACAUCAACUUGACCUUUUCGACCCGCCGUUCCUAUCCUGCCGUGUGUUCGCUCCUGUGAAAGUCUUCGCUCCUCUUCUACCUUCCCAAACUCUCUCCCCCUUGAGGUUGCCGAUCUCAGGAGCAGGAUUAAAUCCUUCCAAUUCUCUCAUCGGCUUCGCUUCCUCUCACCGUCGGGUUGUCCGUUGGAUCUGGUGGUUGCUUAAUUCUUCGAUGAACUGGAAUUAGCGACUGCAGAUGAUCGAACUUCAAACUGUCGUGUAAUUUUGCGUCAUGAAUGGAAUUCCGUCGUAUUUGACUGUGGUUCUUCACCGAGAAUUCACAGCGUGUCUACGGAUUACAUAGGGCAAUGCCAUCGGACAGGGAUGAGUCUGCGGUGGAAAUGGUCCCUGCAGUCCGAUUGCAUCAAGAUCCGGAUGCUCCUGAACACGUCGAUGAUGCUGUCAGCUUGAUUCGAUCGUUUCAGGUGUUAGGCCCAACGAGGCAUAGGAGGCAUGUUCUUGAUCUUCUGCGAGCUCCCUCCUUGGGGGGAUGGAUCGAGAAGCUCCAACUCUUUUCCCCUUCGAGGAUCUUCCGGCACACGGUGGAUGUAAGGGAGGAAGUCUCGCUUUCCGUUUCUUCUCCGGUCGAUUCACAGCGGCGUUUCGGCAUCAGCUUCCUCGGCAGCAUCAACUGGUCCUCCGUCUCAGCCAGCUUCAAGGAAUGGAUAGAACACCCGAGGAAUGCUGCUCUUCUCAUCUGGUUGAUCUGUGUGUCCGUCUCCACCGCCAUGCAGGGGUUGCUCCUCCUUGGACUACUGGAUGAAGCAUUCCCCACGAAGGCCUCGAGAAACCACUGGAUCGAGAUCAACAACCAAGUCCUGAAUGCUCUCUUCACCCUCAUGAGCUUGUAUCAGCAUCCGAGCCUGUUCCAUCACCUGGUCCUCCUCUGCAGAUGGAGACCGGAAGACAUCACGGCCCUUAGGAAGAUCUACUGCAAGGACGGCGCCUACCGGCCUCACGAGUGGGUUCAUAUGCUGGUCGUCCUCCUCCUCCUCCAAAUCACUUGCUUCGCCCAGUACAUCUCCUGCGGCCUCUACUGGGGAUACGCCAGCGAAGCCAGACCGGAGUUCGCGGAGAUCUUCUUCUUCGGCCUUGGAUUUGCAGCACCGGUGUUGGCUGGUGCUUACGCUGUGUACAGCCCACUGGGAAGGGAAUGUGACGCCGAGCUGGAUGAAGAAUCGCAGGGUGGUCCGAACCAUGAGCAAUCCAGUGUGAAGCCUAGCAUCAGGUUACACAAGCUGAGGGCUCUGGUGAGCGACCCCAAGUGGGCAGGGGGGUUAUUCGAUUGCAGUGAUGAUAUCACCGUGAGCUUCCUUUCCUGCUUCUGCACCUUCUGUGUCUUCGGAUGGAACAUGGAAAGGCUGGGCUUCGGAAACAUGUACGUCCAUAUCACCACCUUCCUUCUUCUGUGCUUUGCUCCUUUCUGGAUCUUCAACAUCUCGGCCCUCAACAUCCACGACAACGUCAUAGGAGACAUGGUGGGGAUCGCAGGCAUCGUGCUCUGUGUGUUUGGUCUGCUCUAUGGUGGUUUCUGGAGGAUCCAAAUGAGGAAAAGAUUCAGACUUCCCGGCAAUGAGCUUUGUUGCGGAUCGAAAUCGCUCACCGACUACCUCCAAUGGCUGUUCUGCUGGUCGUGCUCUCUGGCUCAGGAGGUGCGCACCGGGAACUCAUACGAAGUAGAGGACGACAGCCUUUACAGAAAGCAUUCGGAGGACGAGGAGGAGGACAUCCAUCCCUUUCUGCAUCCUCUGCCUCGCGAGAGUGGUCUGAAUUCACUCGGCAAGUUGCAGUAUGAUUCCUCGCGUCUGAUCUCUUAUCCAGCUAAAUCGCCGGCGUCUACGGCUGCAGCGGCUGAGUCUAAGAGUCAGGAAGAUGAGCCUCACGACAUCAAGGAAGCGUAUUUGGUGUUAGAUUUCGGUGGCAAUAUGAAACCUCCCUUGCAACAACUGAUACUAUCAAAAGAUCCAAUGAAUGUUUAGUUGCAGAUGCCCGCUUCGAUCGGCCAAAUGCAGAUCACAUGUUCAAGUUCGACACGAAUUGUUUGAGGAGGUCGCAAUCCAGGAAGAAGAACCACAUAGCUGCUGCCUUGUAUUCUUCAUCUCCAUCAAUUUUCUGAGUGAUUUUUUCUUCCAAAGAUCAAGAAAAAUUACUUGAAUUCUGACC